GAGGUGGAGACGCAGCGUCGAUGGGAGCUUGUGUUUACUCCGACGCUACUACCUCCGUCCCGCCUACGAAAAGAAAAGUCCCUCCUUUCUAUAUACGCUCUGGACGUUCUUGUCUGCUCCUAAUUUUUGUCUCUUCUUCCUUAUACUCUUGAGUUGUAGGAGGGAAGGCGUAAGCAAGAUCGACAGCCGGCGUAGAGUCAUCACACACACACCACAGACGUCGUCUCGCAAUCUCAGUUUCGUUUUAACAGAACAUGAAGCCUAUGUUUUUCAUUGGACAACUGAUAAUGUUCCUAGUUUUCGGUCGCCAGAUGGCAGUAGGGAACAAAACAGCCAUGCAGCAAAGCAGACAACAUUGUUGACAGCCCAAUUUCCCAAGUCCAAUCCCCAAGUUCCGAACUGCCGACCGUACUUCAGCCUGUUAGUCAUUACCAGGCGUCUCGUAAGAACAAACAUUGAGCCGAGAGUCACGAUGUCACAGAUUGCUAAUGAAGGCAAGCAUGAAAAAAUCCUUUUGGCCUUUGACUUUGAUCACACAAUCAUCAACGACAAUAGUGACACCUAUGUCACCAAGCUGGCUCCAAAUGGCAAGAUACCACCAGAAAUAAAAGCCCUCUACAGUGAUCAAGGUUGGACCCUUUUCAUGUCUGAGAUUUUUCGUUACCUCCAUUCAAACAAAACGACACCAAAACAAAUUUUGGAAUGCAUGACUGAAAUUUCGUUUUCACCUGGGAUGGUUGACCUCUUGACAACACUUGACCAAACAAAGGCUGAAGCAAUUGUUAUAUCAGAUGCCAACUAUAUUUUCAUUGAUCAUAUUUUGACUUUUCAUGGGCUUAAAGAUAGGAUCAAUAAGAUUUUCACAAAUCCUGCCAAAUUUAACAAUGAAGGACGUUUAGAGCUUGAAAUGUACCACGUCCAAGACUCCUGUUCCUUAAGUACUGUCAAUCUCUGUAAAGGUCAAAUUUUAGAAUCCUAUAUCGAAGAACGAGCAAAAGAAAAUGUCAUUUUCACUCAUAUUGCAUUUGUUGGUGAUGGUGAAAACGAUUUCUGCCCUAGUUUGAGACUUUCUCCCAAAGAUUUUGUAUUUCCUCGAGAAGGAUAUUCCCUAGUCAAACAUAUUGAAAAAAUGAAAGCUGAGCAAGGCCUUCAUAUCAAAGCUAAUAUUCAUACCUGGAAAUCCGGGCUGGAUAUCUUGAAAAUUCUUUCUGAUAAAGUUCCAUUACUUGUCCAGCCAAGCUUGUAAACAGUAAUUUCAGAUUAAGUUUUUAUCAUUGUUUUUAACAAAACAAUAAAGAUAAAUUCGGCAUGCUAUUCGUUUAAAAUGUCGUGCUUGUCGCGAAAUAUGUUUGAAAAUCCGUUCUUGGUAGCUCACGUUUUCCUUGUUUGAAUUGUAUGCCCGUCCUUGUGCGACAUCUGUGUAGAAUUUACUGAAAGAAAUCGUAUCCUUGCAACAA